GACACAUAACCUCACAACAUCUGGGCGGAGGAGCGAUAAAAACAACGCGUUUCUGCCGUAUUCUUUUGCAUUUUUCGUUGCCUCUGCUCAUUUGCUUUCGUGCCGUGAGAUCGAAUUGUGAAGAUGAAGUAGUGCUCUUGCAACGUGUGAUGAGAUCGUGCGAAUCUGCUGUUAGUGAAAGUACUUAAGUUUUGGUGAAAGUUUCAACGUCAACGAGAGCUCCAGAUCGCUCCAAAUUCUCUCUCUGUUUACCGCUCGGGGAAGUCCAUUCUAAUCGCGAUCACGGCGAGAUAGUCCAGAGAACGUGCCCGAUAGCAGGUGGAAGGCAAUGACAUACUUGCGGGAGUCGCUGGAGAAGGGUAAUGCUGUGCGUGGUGUAAAUCAGAAAGUGCCGGACAAGAAAAUGGAGAACAAGGUGACGAAAGAGACGCUCCCGGAGGGCUCAGCUACGCACAAAACCGUGUACGUGGUGUUCCUGUCUCUGCUGCUGGAUCUGCUGGCCUUCACCAUGAUCCUUCCACUGCUACCAUCACUGCUCGAGUACUAUCGGCAGCACGACAAGCAGGGACUCUACCACAGGCUCUCGGAGAGCAUCAGCUUCUUUCAAGAGACUGUCGGAGCGCCCGAGAAGUACAAUUCUGUUCUCUUCGGUGGCUUCCUGGGAUCCAUGUUUAGUUUCCUGCAAUUCGUGGCGAGUCCCAUCGUUGGAGCCCUUUCAGAUGUCUAUGGCCGGAAAAGGAUUAUGAUGAUUUGCAUGAGUGGGAUUGCUCUCUCUUAUCUGCUGUGGGCUGUGUCAAGCAAUUUUGCCAUUUUUGUGAUUGCGCGCUUCGUUGGAGGCCUCAGCAAGGGGAACAUCUCUCUGGCCAUGGCGAUCAUCACGGAUGUCUCCAACAGCAAGAAUCGCGGAAAAGGAAUGGCUCUGGUUGGCAUUGCCUUCUCACUGGGUUUCAUCGUUGGCCCCAUGAUUGGAGCGAUCUUCUCCAGAUACAGUGAUAAGAGCUCACCAGACUGGUUUUGGCUUCCUGCCGCUUUUGCAAUGUUCCUGGCCAUCGCAGAUAUCCUAUUUCUCGGGGUUUGUCUUCAGGAGACACUCCCUCAGAAGAAGCGCGCUAAGAAAGUGCUCAUUUCUCUCUCAAGAGCUUUUGAAUACAUUAAUCCUGCAUCGCUCUUCAAGUUCGAUGCUGUGAAGAAUCUCUCAGCGAAAGAUCUCGAAUCCCUAAAGAGACUAGGUUUUAUCUACUUUGUCUACUUGUUCAUUUACUCAGGACUGGAGUUCACAGUGACGUUUUUGAUGUAUCACAAGUUCAGUUUCACGUCCAUCGACCAAGCUAAAGUAUUCCUCACCACUGGAGUUGUGAUGGCUCUGCUUCAGGGAUCCGUUGUGCGGCGCUUGCCGGAGAGAUUGACCCAGAAGUCAGCUGUAUUGGGACUGUACUUAAUUGUCCCAUCAUUUAUAGUCGUCGGAUUGGCUCAAUCAUCUUCAAUGCUUUAUCUAGGGAUGAUUCUUUUUGCCAUUUCUACUGCAUUUGUGGUCACCUGCAUGACAACACUCACCUCAAAGUAUGGAAACUUUGACCAGAAAGGCACCGUUUUGGGGAUAUUCAGGUCUUUGGGUGCUUUGGCGAGAGCUCUGGGACCAAUUGUCGCUUCCAUGGCAUUUUGGAGCAUAGGCUCAUCAUAUACGUAUAUAAUUGGUGGUAUUUCUUUGUUCUAUCCAUCACUUUUGCUCCAAUUCACAGUAUUAUCGUAGAAGUCCACCC